AUGGGUCAGCGAACAAAGGUUCUGGAAACUGAGGGAGCAACUCCAAAGUUCCUCUACGCCAUCAUUCGACAGAUGGACCUCAAGAUAGUAAGUUCAAGCGAGGAUACUCCAAUGGGGUGUGAGCUGACCUGUGUGGAUCAGAUUGAUUGGAACCGCCUUGCUCUGGAGCUUGAUAUUUCCAACGGCCAUGCCGCGCGUAUGCGAUUCGCUCGCUUUCGCAAGCAGAUGGAUGGCCCGUCGGCCCCGAGAGCCCCGAAGAGAAAGGCUAAGAAGCUCAUGGACAAAGGCAAUCCUGGGCCCUCUUUUCCAUCUCUUCAUGAUAAGAUGAGUGCCUACGCAGUCAAGCCAGAGCUUAUGGACAGCAACUUGCCGCUCAGCUCCAUCAAGCAGGAGCCGGAGCCCCAUGGUUUCCAUGCAGAAUCGGUUAUCAAUCCCUCCCAGGAGACAACUCAGUUUCAGGAAACCUACCAAUGGCCGCAGAUGACUCCACUGCCUGGGCCUAGCUUCACAUUUCCAGCAUCACAGUACCUCCCUUACAGAAUGCCCUUUGCAACUUCGGAUAUGCCGCAUUCGGUCUCUCCAGCGCCCUCGCAAAGUUACCAGCAAUGGGGAGUCGCUCGAGAGGGCCCCCAAGAGGUUGGCUGCCAGCCCCAGAGCUUCCAGUUCCCGCUUUUCGGAUGGGACAACCCAAUGGAAAACCAUACGCAGCCACAACUGGGCACACAGUCCCCACAGCAUGCUCAAUAUGUGAAGGCCGAAGAAAGCGCCGAUGUCUCUGAAAUCCCGGAUCCGAGUCACGGCCAUGCGACACUCUCUGGCUUGAGCUGGGGAACACCGUCAGUGUCACAGCCACAAUCGCAAGCAUCGCCACGGGAUCCUUUGGUGAAAACAGGGGUACAGCCUGGAGUGACGGAGACAAAAGACAAUGUCCAUAUCAAAGUGGAGACGUUCGAAUUGGAGUGA